AUGGCAGAAGCACGAAAACUCGGAAAAAACUUGAGGCUCUUACCACCUUCAGACGGAAGAAAAAGCAAAAAGACUACCUCAUUAAAACCUCCAGCUACUACUGUGGAGGAAACUGCCUGUGUUCUGCAAACGUCUCCAGAUUGUGACACAGGACAGCUGCUGCUUUUGCCGUGUCUCCAUGCCGCCUGUAAACCUUGCAUUGACCAGCACAACCAGAACGACAUUGUCUGUUCUUGUGGGCGAGACAUCAACUUGGAGAAGGAACGUACAGCAGUCGACUUCGUGAGGAGAAAUGAAAUUGCUCUUGCAACAGAUGAACACGAAUGUGAAUUCCUCACAGGACAAUGCACCGAGAAAGUUGUAAGUCAUUGUAAGACGUGUAACAUCUCGAUGUGUGCUAACUGCACCGACAAACACAACACCACAAGAGCAACUUCAAAACAUGCUGUAGUAUUGGCUGAGCAGUUUAAUGAAAUGCCGAUUCGGGAACGACUACCUCUCUCGACGUGUUCAAAUCAUCCUACUAAGAUUGUCAAUUUUUUCGAUGAACAAUGCCACACAUCAGUUUGUUCUGUGUGUGCAAUAGGAAAACACAAGGAUCAUGGCAUUAAAGAUCUUGAUGAAACAUUUCAAAAAACUAAAGUGCUCCUUCUCAACAAGCUAGAUCAGCACAAGGAACACCUGCAGAAGAUACAGACUUCUUCUAGACAGGUACAGAGUCGGAUGACAGAGCUGGAGGAAAGGGGUCAUCAACUGACGAAGGAAAUAGCUGACGUACACACUGACCUUGCUUUGCAUUUAGUGAAAAGGUUAAAGGUUCACAGUCAGCAAAUUGAGAAAGAAGUUGAGAAGCACAAGCGCAAUCUUCAGAAGGAUAUGGAAUGCCUUGGAACCACAGAAUCGGCUGUACUGGCUACAUUAAGUUAUGCUGACAGGAGCCUGACAUCUACCACAUGCGCCCAAUUCAUGGAUCUCUCGUCUACCAUUGUUAGCAAGAUUGACCAAGAUUUUCUAAACCCGUUUCCUGAAGAUUCGGUCAAGACAAAGGCCUUGACCUUCACUCCUAAAGGACAUAAGGCUCUUCGCGAGAUAGUUGGAAUGUUUGGCAGAGUCAGCACGUCUGACAAGGACGUAGAUGAUGCAGAUACCGUGCCGACCAUAACAGAUUUACAAUCUCAGCUUGCCAUCUUCAAGGAUCAGGAGAAGGUAAAUAACUAA